GGAGAACUGGAGAUCGAAAGCAAAAAUCGAAAAAAACGAAAGAAGAACUUCAGAAAAUAAACGAAAACAAAACAAAAAAACAAAACGAAACGAAACGAAAACAAAUUAACAAGAAAUUACCUUUGAAACAGAAGAAGACAGAAUUCAGAGAAGAAGAUUAGAAGACAGAAGAAGAGGAGUGAACUCAGCGAAGAAGACAGAAGAAGAGGAUUAGAGGAGUGACGAGAGAAAGAAUUGAGGUUUGACUGUUUGAGGAGAGAGAAAAUGAAAAAAGAUGAAAUGAUGAAAACGGCUGAUCAGCUGAUGAAAAUUUUAGGGUUUUAGUGUUUUAUAGUUCCUUUUGGGCUUGGGCAAUGGGCAGUUGGGCUUGGUUAGUUGGUUGGGCCAUAAUAAUGCCAUAUAUAUAUAUUUUUUUUAAAAAGACUUUUUCGGGUUAUAAGGUCGGGUUCGGGUUGACCCGACUUGAUUUUGACCCGAAAAUAAUUUCGGGUUACGUGGGUCAUUUUCGGGUUGAAAUUUUCAACCUUAACCUAACCCAUUUAAUUUCGGGUCGGGUUCGUGUCAACCCAUUUAAGUUUUCGUGUCGAAAUUCUCAACCCUAACCCGCUGUUUUCGGGUCGGGUUCAGGUCGGGUUUUCGGGUCGGGUCAGUUUUUGCCACCCCUAGUUUAUGAUAUGGAGCAUAGUAUUGGACUUAAGUUGAACAUAAGUUGAACAUAAGUUGAACUAGAAGAGUAGAAGUUGACAGAAAAUCGAAAAAGAUUAUGAAACUCACUCUAAAAUCUUACUCCCAUUUUGAAAUUACGCUCCAUUUCACAACGCAUAAACCCUAAAAUUCUAAAAACCUCCAAUAAACCCCCCUUUUCCCCCCUUAAUUUCACACCCUCAAUUUCUCUGUAAUUCGAUCUUCCCCAAAAAUGUUCUCACCUGCUACUUCUACCAGGAAGAAAUCCAGUUACAGAAGUUCCAAAGAUCAUAAUGUCGCCCAGAUUAAGCCGCUUUCCUUCGAUUCUUCUCCAAUUACUCCUAAUCGCACUUCGAUUGCCGACGGUUCAAUCCCUAAUCGCCCCAAUACUGGCACUCCUGCUCCUUGGGCUUCUCGCCUUUCUGUUCUUGCCAGAAUCCCCCCAGCAAAGAAAAGUGAAGACAAUAGAGAACCAUCAGAACCUGUGUAUGUUGGAGACUUUCCGCAAGUUGUUCAUGAUGAACAAGCUAGUUAUCUGCGGAAGACUGUCCCAGGUGAAGCGUGCAUUGCUGGUGGGAUGGACAAGGAAACUGGUUUGUCAUGGAUGAUUUGUGGAAGUAAACUUUUUAUAUGGAGCUACCUUUCACCUGCUGCUUCGAAGAAAUGUGUGGUUCUUAAUCUUCCAGCAGAUAUUUCUGAAAUCAGCAGUAGAAAUGCAUACCUUGGUGAUACUUGGUUGCUUUGUAUCAUAUAUUGGGACAAUGUUCAUCAGAGUAGCAGUAUAGUAAAGCAGUUGAACUCAGCUGGAGUUGUUUUAUGCAAUCAAAGAAGUCGAGCUAUUGUAUAUUGGCCUGAUAUAUAUUCAGAUGACAGGGCUAAUUCUGGAAUCAGCCUUGCUUCUUCUGAAGAGCUAGGGAUCAUUUCUUCAAUGGAAAAUGGUAAGAGUCCUCCAAGUAGAUUGCAAUCAGACAAUAGGCUAGAACGCCUUUCAGCUAAUUCUAAUUCUUUUACCUCCUUCAUCGCUUCUGCCAUCCCCUCCUAUCACCAUGCUUGUGUUGCACUUGCCACUAGCUCCAAUGGUGAACUCUGGCAGUUUAUCUGCAGACCUGCUGGAAUUCUGCGUCAGAAUGUUGGUAAUAUCUUGUCAGCUUCUGUUAGUGGCUAUAGUCAACCGUCAGGGAGCAAGGGGUAUCCUAGAUCUCUUUUAUGGCGAUUUCCAUCCCUCCUGACUGGAGAAGCUUCCAGACAGUUUUUCAUGUUGACUGAUCAUGAAAUACAAUGUUUCAGCAUUCAACUGUCACCUAAUCCAACUUUGUCAAAAGUCUGGUCCCAUGAAAUCAUCGGCACUGAUACUGAUCUAGAAAUUAAGAAGGACUUGGCUGGAAAGAAGAGAAUAUGGCCUUUGGAUAUUCAGGUAGAUGAACGUGGUAAAGAAAUAACCAUUCUUGUUGCUAUAUUCUGUAAGGAUCGUCUAAGCAGUUCAAGCUACACACAAUAUUCUCUUUUGACUAUGCAAUAUAAAUCUGGUUUAGAUGAAGCAUUCAAUAACUUUACAAAUGUAAGGGUGUUAGAGAAGAAGUCUCCUGUACAGGUUAUUAUUCCCAAAGCAAGAGUGGAAGAAGAGGAAUUCUUAUUUAAAAUGAGAUUGAGAGUCGGGGGAAAGCCUUCAGGAUCUGCUUUCAUACUCUCUGGAGAUGGAACCGCAACUGUCUCCUAUUUUUGGAGAAACUCAACCAUGCUUUACCAAUUUGAUCUGCCGUAUGAUGCUGGAAAAGUUAUUGAUGCUUCAAUUUUCCCUUCUACUGAUGAUACAGAAGAGGGUUCCUGGGUUGUACUGACCGAGAAAGCUGGUGUCUGGGCAAUACCGGAGAAGGCGGUUUUAUCUGGUGGAGUUGAACCUCCAGAGCGAAGCUUGUCACGCAAAGGAAGCUCAAAUGAAAAGUCUGGUGCAGAAGAGAAUAAAAAACUUCUGUUUUCAGCUAGUGUUUCUCCUGCAAAAGCUGGUGUAGAUGCUCAAGAUAUUGGUAGCAUGCAGAAGGCUGGUUUUACAAAGGUUGCUGGCAGGAAUGCUCAAGAUGAAGAAGCAGAGGCUUUACUCAAUCGUCUGUUUCAUUAUCAUCUCUUGUCAGGCCAGGUUGAUGGGUCUCUUGAAAAACUGAAGAAUUCUAGGGCAUUUGAAAGGGAUGGAGAAACUAAUGCGUUUGUUCGGGCAAGCAAAUCUAUUGUUGAUUCUCUGGCUAAGCAUUGGACAACUACCAGAGGUGCCGAAAUUGUUUCUUUGGCUGUUGUAUCGAACCAACUAAUAGAGAAGCAACAAAAACAUGAAAAUUUUCUUCAGUUUCUGGCUAUAUCCAAGUGUCAUGAAGAGCUAUGUGCGAAACAAAGAUAUGCUCUCCAAAUUAUAUUGGAAGAUGGUGAAAAGCUGGCUGGUAUGAUUCAAUUAAGGGAACUGCAAAAUAUGAUCAGUCAGAGCCGUUCAGUUGGAGUCAGCUCCCAGCAUUCAAGUGCCAACGGGGAAGUUUCAGGUUCUUUAUGGGAUCUAAUUCAGAUAGUUGGUGAGAGAGCCCGCAGAAACACAGUUCUUUUGAUGGAUAGGGAUAAUGCUGAAGUGUUCUACAGUAAGAUUUCUAAUCUGGAAGAAGUAUUUUAUAGCUUGGACAGGCACUUGGAUCACAUUAUAAAUGUGGGCCAGCCAUUUAAGGCUCAGGUCCAGCGAGUUUGUGAACUGUCUAAAGCAUGUGUGACUUUACUCCGCAGUGCUAUGCACUAUAGAAAUGAGCAUCAUAUGUGGUAUCCACCUCCCGAAGGCUUGAUGCCUUGGUAUAGCCAGCCUGUUGUUCGUGAUGGGCUCUGGAGUGUUGCUUCUUUUAUGACUACAAUUUUGGAUGAUUCAUCUGGAAUUGAUUUGUCUUCUAAGUCAGAUAUAUGUUCUCAUCUUGAGGUGCUGGCUGAUGUAGUAUUAGAGGCAUACGUUGGUGCCAUCACUGCGAAAAUUGAGCUUGGGGAAGAGCAUAAAGGCCUCUCAGAUGAGUACUGGAGAAAAAGGGAUACUCUUCUUGACUCUCUCUAUCAGCAGAUUAAGGUCUUUGUGAAUACUAGAUUCCAGGAUUCAGCUGAUGAGAAAGAACAGAAAGAAGUAGUUCUUAAAGAAUUGUCGUCAAAUUUGUUGUCUGUUGCAAGGCGGCAUGAAGCCUAUCGGACUCUUUGGAACAUUUGCUGUGACCUCAAUGAUUCCAAUCUUCUGAAAGAGCUUAUGCAUGAAAGCAUGGGACCCAGAGGAGGGUUUAGUUAUUUCGUUUUUGAGCAAUUGUAUGAGAAUGGACAAUUUCCAAAACUUCUGAGGCUAGGGGAAGAGUUUACUCAGGAACUUGUAAUAUUUUUGAAGGAUCACCCGGAUCUUCUGUGGCUUCAUGAAGUUUAUCUUCACCAAUAUUCUGGUGCUUCGAAAACUCUUCAUGGUUUGACACUCUCUGGAGAUGAAAGAUUGUUUUCAGCGUCUGAGAAGGAGACAGAAGUAGAUUCUAGAAAAACAGACUUAAAAUUGUCCGAAAGGAAGCGUCUGUUGCAUUUAUCAAAGAUUGCUGCAAUUGCAGGCAAAGAUGCAGUCUAUGAGGCAGAAAUAGAACGUAUUGAUGCAGACUUGAAGAUCUUGAAGUCACAGGAAGAUAUCUUGGAACUAUAUCCUGAUGACAUAGAGAAGCAGAAAAUCGGACAGCGACUCCUCCCUCCUUGGGAUCUUAUCAAACUGUGCCUCAAAGGUCAAACACCAGAGCUGUUGUUAAGGGCUUUUGAUGUGUUUGCCUGGACUAGUUCUUCCUUCCGAAAAUCCAAUAAAUCACUUCUAGUAGAUUGCUGGAAAAGUGCAGUUGAUCAGGAUGACUGGGAAAAGCUCUAUCAAUUUUCCAUCACGGAAGGGUGGAGUGAUGAGGACACAAUGCGGGUUUUGCAGAAGACUAUGCUUUUCCUGGCAGCAAGGAGGUGUUAUGGACCGGAAUCAGACAUGUACGAAGGAAGUUUUGAUGAAGUGUUGCCCUUGAGGCAAGAGAACAGUGAGCUGUCAAGUUUGAAAGAUUCUAGCUCUUCUGUUGAAGCAAUCUUGAUGCAGCAUAAAGACUUCUCAGAUGCUGGCAAGCUAAUGCUAACUGCUCUAAUGUCAGGAAGUGCUCAAGUAGAUACUAGCAGGGCCGAUGGGCCAUUCCCCAUGGAGUAGCAACAGUUGGAUGAUUGUGACGAUGUAAGGGAGUAAUUUAGUAUGCUGUAACUGAGGGUUAACAUCCCUUCUAAAAGAUUAGCAAAAAGAAAUAUUGUUAACAUAGCUUUUACUGUACAUAUGAGAACUCUUUAGACUAGAUUUUUGAAAGGUCUUACGGAGUUACGGAUAUACAAUUUUGCUAGAAUCUAUCGACAAGAAAUUUAGAAUGUGUUGCAAUUA